UCUUGUUAACCGAGACAUGACAUUGGGAAUUCACGAGGACAAACUCUUACGUGGAUUACGGUAGAGCGAGACAGCGGCCUCUAAAUGCUUCUCAUAGGGGUAUGUCGCAAAAACACGCAAAUAGGCGGCGGACGAUCCCGGGUUCAAGCGAGUGCAUUGAUUUUUUCACAGUCUGACGCAUACAGGGGGUGACUGGUUUGCUCGACAUGCGAAAAGUAAUGCCGUAAUGUGUCUUCUCUGCUCGCGCGAACUCCCGUUUGUACCUUUUCCCCGAUUCAGUGGUGAAAUCCACGGAAUGUUCCAUUAACGGGAACAGCUGAGGAUCAUGCCGCACCGAAUACGAGAGAGAUGUGAAGAAUUACACGGAGAAAUGUCAGCGAUUGAGAUGCACACAAAUUAACAAUCAGAACCCUGACAAUCUGAGGCAAUUAGACUCAAGUGCCUCUUGCACUACUGGUCCCCACCCCAGGUGUGACACGUCCGUACGACAUCACAAAUGCGACCAUGGGAAGUAGCAGUGAGUAGGCGUCCAUCAACAGCCCCCUUAAACCAGAGGAGGGUCGUCGGGGAGCCUUGUAUCACCCCUCUGCACCUCAGGAGAAGUCCUCCAGUGCGACGUCAGUGGGGGCAGCAAAAUAGACCCGCUGUGCACGCUUCCCUGCAUCAGGAUGAGAACUUCCACCACCCGGUCUUCUCCCAGCAUCAGCAGAUUCCUUUAGAUGAGUCCAGGCAAUAUAGUCACACCACUGCACCUCCACGCAUGCUGCAUAGUGCCGCACAACCCCCCCAGCAGAGCUCCAUCAUGGUGGAUCUUCACGAACAGAUGCAUCAAGGAUCAGUACCAAUCUCUUACACAGUUACCACGGUGACGACCCACGGUUUUCCCAUCCACACCGGCCAACCUAUCCCAGCCUGCAAUGCUCAGCAGCUCCCAGCAUGCUCGGUAAUGUUCAGCGGACAGCUCUCUCUGCUCUGCUGCCUUCCUCCUCCACUCAUUCAGGCCUGCACCAUGCAGCACCUGCCCAUGUCCUAUCAGCCGUUUCCACCGCUGAUCUCCAGUGAGCAUUUUAUACUGCAUCCAAGUCCACCAGUGCCCCCUCACCAGCCUCCUCACCUGCCGCCACUGAAUCAGUUUGUUCCCCUGCAACCGCAGCACCCGCGCAUGCCACUGCAGAGGGUUGAGAAUGAAGUGGAUCUGCGGGGAGACCAGCAUCCGUUAGGAACGUUCUCCUAUCCUCCUGCUCACCAUUCACCAGCAAUGACCCCCUCCCUCCCCCUGCAGUACCUCCCCCAGGAGCCCCUCCACCAAGAGCUGCCCUACGGAGUGCCAUAUCCUCACCUGCUGCCGAGGCGUUUGACUGGGCAGAGGUAUCGGUUACAGCAGCCUCUACCUCCACCACCCCCUCCUCCACCGUACUACCCCGGCUUCUUACCCUACUUCCUCUCAAUGCUUCCUGUGCCUCCAACUGCUGUGGGUCCUGCUAUCAGUCUGGACCUGGAUGUAGAUGAUGUGGAAAUGGAGAACUAUGAGGCGUUAUUAAACCUUGCAGAGAGGCUCGGAGAAGCAAAACCUCGGGGUCUCACGAAAGCUGAUAUAGAGCAACUUCCGUCCUACAGGUUCAAUUUAGAAAGUCACCAGUCUGAACAAACUCUGUGUGUCGUAUGCUUUAGCGAUUUUGAGUCAAGGCAGCUACUUCGAGUAUUGCCCUGUAACCAUGAAUUCCACGCGAAGUGUGUGGACAAGUGGUUAAAGACCAAUCGCACCUGUCCGAUUUGUCGAGCCGACGCGUCUGAAGUUCACCGCGACGUGGAAUGAGUUCAGGUUUUUGUCCUUCACUGGGAAGCAGCACAAAUCCUUGCGUGUGUUUUGUGAGUGGGGACACCUGUUCUCCAGCCAAACGCAAAUCUACCCCCACCCCGCUAUAACCCCACCUCUACAAUAAGCAAUCUUGGAAUUUGUAUGGAACCUGUUUGACCUCUGCUGUGCAUCAUCGUGUGAGUUACAUGAAAGCUACUGCCUCCUAUAGCCACUUCCGAGUUCUGGAAUCGUGACCGUUGUUUCUUUCAAACGUUUUUCUUUUCCCUGCCCAUGUUUUCGCAGAUUCCAAAGAUAACCUGUAAUACGUGUUGUGUUGGCAUAUUUGUUUACACGAUAGAAUAUUCUCUAGUUGUUUGAUCACGAAUUACAAUUGUGCAUUAGUGUCGUAGGGGUCGCGGGGGGUGGGCCUGAAUGAUGCUUGUUGUCGGCUUUACUGUGCAAUCACAUACGUUCGUGGGAAGACUUAAGGACGGUUCGCAGACGCCACGGCCGCCCUGCUGGUGAACGACCAUCAUAGAUGCAUGUACCGAGGGACUUGUUAAUAAUCUAUGUUUUGCAAUAAUGUAUCGAUCAUUUGAAUAUCUUAUUCCCGAUUUCUCUUUUAUCUGCGAAUGCUAUUGUGAAGGUGUGACUUUCAUCGGUUAAAAAAAGUUCAAUGGCCUGAGGUUGAAGACAAAAAAGAGGAAAACAAACAAAAGGACUGACUGGGCUUUUAGCGCGGUCGAAGAGACAUUGAGGAGCAGAGCUCGGUGAUGAGGUCACGGGGAGACGUGGCUGUUUUUGCUGUUCGCUGGCAAGGGCAAAUCGGACUGGCCCGUGGAACACAGGGAUGAGAACACUGCACACUGCCUUUGCCAGCCUUCACCUGGCUGCACAACUUUCGUCUAUUGUGGACCGGCCCUCUUCAACCCGAUUCAUCACUCAGCUGUCGGCUAGAUCUCACAGGCCUCGCACGGACUGUUCUUUUAGACUAGCAAUAUUUUAACUAACAAGAUCCGCCGACGCUAACAAAAAGAGGAAUGUCGAGCAGAGACGGAGAGAGGGGGGCGGGGCUCAAGCGGCCUCCAUCUUGCCAUUUUCACACCUCUGAAUUAACAGCGCAGGCCAGGAGAUCUCAUUUGCCUGUCCAGACUUUGGAGAGGGUGGAACACUUUGCAGAAAGCAAUACGUGCAAUGAGUGUGUGAGGUGAACGGAAACAUUGACCUGAUUUUCAAGGACUGGGCUUUUCCCCUCAUUCGUGAGCCAAAUAAUCAACAUACUCAAGAUCUCAGCUCUGCCUUCUCAAGACCUUGACAAGCACAAACCUGUUACUAAUCUUCAAACAUCCUUUGUCAGUUCCUCUUUGUUUUUGGUUUUUAAAGUGGUGUUAUUUAUUGGUUUUAUCUUCUGAGGGAGUUUGAAGGAUUCGGUUGGGCAUCUUUAAUGCGUUUUGGUUUGCCUCCCGCUGUCAGGUCUCAGGCCGUGUUCACAGUGUAAUGUGAUGUGAAAGAAAAAAAACAUUGUAUGCAUAGCCUUGGCGUGAAAGUUUGAAAUUAUCGUCUUGUUUUUAAGACAAAAGAAUGUUGAAACCCUCUGUAUUUCUAGUUAAGCCCUUUCCUGUGUGCCAGUUGACUGUAGUCGUUCCACGCAGAUCCCAGACAGGAGACGGUGGAGAUAGAGCAUAAGGGUCGCUUAAAGAAAGAAAAAUAAUGCACUGUAAAACGCUCGACUAGUGGUUCACUCGAUUCCAAAAACAACCCUGAACUUCUUUGUUCGGGGGGAAAACUAUGAACUAUUUGGGUUUAAUUUUUUUCCCUAAAAACUUUAAUUAUAGGACUUUUGAAUACAUACGUAUAUAUAUAUAUAUAUAUAUAUAUAUAUAAAUCUCUAUAUAUAUAUAUUUCUGAGUUGUUUGUCCACUGAAUAGUCAUUGUAAUUAAUAGACACACUGGCUUUUCUCGGGUAAAGGGACUCUUUUAGAGAAUGUGAGUAUAUUGCAUUUGCGUGCCCGGUUUUAAAAAACAAGCCAUUGUAAUGAAUUUAAUCCACACUUUUGAUAAGUAAUCUAUGUAUACAUAUCUGUUCACUGGCAUAUAUUUUCAGUAUAAAAGAAAAUCACUCAGGGCCUCUCGGUAAUGAAAAAUAAAGGAAAACAGUCCAUUUCAAAUGGGAUUGACGCCAUGGACACACAUUUGGGUAUUUUGGGUUGUUUUCCUCAGGCCGUGCAUAUUUUAAAUGUAAUCAGCUGAACUAAUAUUCCUUUUUUAAAUGGUGGUGAAUAUUAUUCCAUUAUACGACUGGCAUGCAAAGAAAAAAAGAGAAAAAAAACAGAAGACGUGACAUGUUGUAUUGAGUGAGAAUAGGCUUUUCGUCACUGCAGCCAAUCAUAAGCGUAUGUUACUCGAACCUGUUUUACAGCAGUUGCGUUCCUGUGUUGUCGUACUUGAACCACACUUAAAGGUUGUAAUCCCAUUUAAAACGGUGCCGCGGUGCACACUGUCCUACCUAGACCACUUCCAAGACUAUUCUUACAGUGUUUGCAUGAUUUAAUACGAGAAAAAAAAGACAAAAAAAUAAAAUCUGUAUUUUCAGCGAAGGAUAUAGACGGGGUGGGCAAGUAUUUUAAUUGUGCACAAUAUGCAUGCAUGUCUAACCAGGUCCCGGCUGGUUUUUAGGUAGAUCUAGUUGGCUUUGGGUUCUGGGUGUAGGGGACUUUUUGCUCAGCUAAUAACUGCCAUGCACUGUACUGCACACAUUUGUAACAGAAUCGAAUGACUACAAGAUUUUAUCGUGCUUGUACUUGCAAAAGAAAAAAAAUAUAUCAAAGAAUUCAAUGGAAAAAUAAUAUAGGAAAUUAGACGUUAACAAAGCUUGACGCCAGCGAGAAGAAAGCAGCUUUGGAGAUGUGAUCGAUUCGGCUCCUCACAACAUUCAUGCUUCUAUAUUGUCGCCUCAGUGAUCGACACACUUGCCUGGAAUCUAGAGAACGGAAAGCCAUAUAGUAAAAAGGUGCUAGAUAUUCUAUAUUUAGGUGUAAUGCUACAUUCACAUAAGAGAAUGCAAUAGUUUGUUAUGGGUCUCUGUUCAUGCAGCAUGCAGUGCUACUUGUACCCUUACAGUGGUCAGCAACAGUUAACAUUAUCAACAGGGAUUUCAAUUCAAAAAUCUAUUUAGCUUUACUCGUACAUGCCGGUAGACAGUGACCGUUUCCAAAUGCAUCUACGAUGAUAUUAUUUUACUGCCCGAGUGAUCAGAUCAAGUACAUCUGCCUUAAAUGGAAGUAUCGUCUGGGGAAAAAUGGCGCUGUCACUCGUUUACCAAAACGGUGGAAAACACAUGUACCUGUUGUACGGUUCUGAUCUACCUUGAGCAUUUGUAAUUGUUUGAAAUGUACACGCAAGCACUUUUGCUUGGGGUAACUGGCUGUGGGCUAUUUCUAAUAUAUCUUUGUUUAGAUUUCUAAAGGAAUUUUUCACAAUAAUCACGAUUCCUUGAAAACCUCAGUGUUACCUGUACUGAAUUACUAAAAAGAGGAAGAAAAAAAUUCAAACUACGAUAAAUAGGAUCUUGUAGUCUUUCUGUGAUUCAACUAAUAAAUAAUCUCACAGCUUGUGUGGUGGAAAAUUGUGUUCCAAUAAGCAGCUAAAUACUUUAGGGUUUGUGAUUUGUUGACUGCUCCAUAGACGCCACUGAUUGUUUACCAAUGAUUUCUUGCUGUGGUGGGAUAGUGGAUUGUUUACUGUUAUAUUCUCCUCCUGGCCUUUAGGGCUCAGUCAUUGCCUGAAUUCCAGACUACCCAGCCGACAACAGGGCCAGGGGCAUGUGUUCUGUGUUAGGAAGAUAUUUUGCUUUGGUACUUGCACAUUUACAGUUACCUCAUUUUUGCCAUGUUUGUAUUUGGAAGAAAAAAAACAAUAAAAAAAUAAAAUAAAAAGCUAAUAUAUAUUA